AUGUCGUCCUUUGGCCACAUCUUCAAGGUCACCACGGCCGGCGAGUCCCACGGAAAAUCCGUGUCGGUCAUCAUCGAAAACUGCCCGCCCAAUCUGCCCCUCGUCGAGGAGGACAUCCAGCCCCAGCUCAACCGCCGCCGCCCCGGCCAGUCGAGCAUCACGACGCCCCGCGAUGAGAAGGAUCGCGUGACCAUCCACUCGGGCACCGAGCAUGGCCGCACCCUUGGCACCCCGAUCCUCCUUACCGUGCCCAAUGAGGACCAGCGCCCCAAGGACUACGGCGACAAGACGAUCGACCUCUUCCCCCGCCCCAGCCACGCCGACUGGACCUACCUCGAAAAGUACGGCAUCAAGGCCAGCUCGGGCGGCGGCCGCAGCUCCGCCCGCGAGACCAUUGCCCGCGUCGCCGCCGGCACCGUGGCCGAGAAGUGGCUCCGCCAGACCUACGGCGUCGAGAUUGUCGCCUUUGUCUCGUCCGUCGGCCCCAUCAACCUCUUUGACUCCCCCGCCGACGCCCUCUCCUCCGAUCCCUCCUUCCUCGCCCUCGAGCCCACCCUGACCCGCGACCGCGUCGACGAGUUCCUCCCCGUCCGCUGCCCCCACCCGGACAUUUGCCGCAAGAUGGAGGACCACGUCGCCGAGCUGCGCGACGCCCACGACUCGACCGGCGGCACCGUCACCUGCAUCAUCCGCAACGCCCCCAGCGGCCUGGGCGAGCCCUGCUUCGACAAGCUCGAGGCCACCCUCGCCCACGCCAUCAUGUCCAUCCCCGCCGUCAAGGGCUUCGAGAUUGGCUCGGGCUUCGCCGGCGCCGCCAUGAAAGGCUCCGUCCACAACGACCCCUUCUUCGUCCCCGACACGCUCUCGGCCGAGGAGACGUCGCGGCUGACCGGUGGCCUGCCCAAGUCCAAGCUCAAGACCAGGACGAACCACUCGGGCGGUAUCCAGGGCGGCAUCUCGAACGGCAUGCCCAUCGUCUUCCGCGUCGCCUUCAAGCCCCCGGCUACCAUCUCGCAAGACCAGACCACGGCCAAGUACGACGGGACGGGCGAGGGUGUUCUGGCCGCCAAGGGGCGACACGACCCGUGCGUCGUGCCCAGGGCCGUGCCCAUCGUCGAGGCCAUGGCUGCGUUGACCGUGGCCGACGCCGUCAUGCUACAGCACUCGAGGCAGAUGGGGCGAAGUAUGCAGCAGCAGUGA